AUGGCGGAGUUACACCUGAUAGGGCAAUUGGUGGGUGCAAUCGAUUUCAGCAGCGGUUCUUGUUUAUUCUGCAAGUGGUCUGUCAGUGCAGGAGGCAGUUGGAGGUUGCUGGGCGGCGCCGAGAGCGGACAAACCCAAACGGCGGCUGGAACCAUGGUGACCGGCUCCGAAAGUGGUCAAUGGUUUUGGAGUCACCCCAUUGACGUUCACUAUGCCACUAAGGGUGUCCAAGGAUGGCCCAAGCUCAUGUGUCAAGUUUUUCAUUUGGACCUGCAUGGAAGGUGUGUGUUGGAAGGAUACGGCGUGACGCAUUUUCCUGCUUCGCCGGGAUUGCAUCAGGACUUGACUUUGGAAGAAGUACUUGGUCCUGACCUGGCAGCUCAUCCGGAAGCAUCGACGAUAACUUUUAGGAAGUUGGAGUCCUCGAUUGACGACCUGACAUUGGACUUGUCUCCCAUGGACCUCAAAGCAUUUCUACUCAAGUUGCCGCCUUGA